AACCUAUAACCAUCGUCCAAUAUGUUUACGCUGUCGUUUAGAUCACCAGCUUCUAACUUAUACGGGUUACGCCGUUGAAUCUGCAAUUUAAGCCACCUCUCCCUUCACCAUCGGUCUCGAAGUUCCGAGCCUUCAUUUUCCCUGUGGAUUCUUCUUUUGACGCUCCUCUAUCUUCUCCCGAAUCAUUCUUCUGCACAGCCUCAGCGCCGCAUCCACCAGAUCUGCUCUCUCCUCUAACCUAGCUUGUCCUUCUCCUUAGCGAGGAUCACGAGGGAGGGCGCUGCUUGAGCUGGUAACUUGGGUGAUCAGGAAAGAUGGAGGUACAAACAAGCGGCAAGCCGAUUGACUCGCUUUUGGAGAGGGUCCUGUGUAUGAACAUUCUCUCUUCGGAUUAUUUCAAAGAGCUUUACAGGCUAAAGACGUACCAUGAAGUGAUUGAUGAAAUUUACAAUCAAGUUGACCAUGUGGAACCAUGGAUGACGGGGAACUGUCGUGGGCCGUCAACAGCCUUUUGUCUUCUAUACAAGUUUUUUACCAUGAAACUCACAGUCAAGCAGAUGCACGGCCUAUUAAAGCACAAAGAUUCACCUUAUAUUAGAGCGGUAAUGUUGCUAUUCCCAUUGUUUUCUGGUUAGAAUUCCGAAUUGCCGAAUGAUUUGAAUUCCUAUAAUUUAUCCUAUGCACAGUAGGAUAGACGCCUAUGCUUGAAUUUAGACACUGUGAGUACUUACAGUAGUAACUAAUGUUAUUAUCUUAGUUGCUGUCUCUGAGGGACUACACCUUCUCCUCUCAUUUAUUUGGUUUACAUGGUCAACCCGGUUGUUCACUUUAAGUUGGAUUCAUAGCAGAACCCAGUUCUCAUAUAUUUUUUUUUUAUGAAGCUACCCUUUUGUGCUGACUUCAUUAAUUGGACAAGCUGAAGAAGUUAGCACUGUAGUCACAUUAAUGGUCCUGUUUGGUAAGGAUAUGUAGAAGUUCCCUGGGUUCAACUUUUGAUAACAGCCUAAGUUGAUCCAGAAACCUCAAUAGAAUGUAAGUCAAUUUUGUGUGGGAACUUUUUAGCAGCCUAGUUGAUUCAGAAACCUCUAUAGAAUGUAAGUCAUUUGGGUGUAGGAACGUUUUAACUCAAGCUGACACUAGUAUUGGGUCAUUAGCAUUCCACCAUUAGCCUGACAAGGUUGUAGAUACCUCGUGCCACUAUAUUGCAAUCAGAGUAUUUAAUGGGACGAGUUACAGUUUAAUAAAUUUGGUCCCCAGUUCUCUGUUUAUGUUUUUUGUUUGAUUAAUGAGUCCUUAGUGAAUGGCGUAUUUGAUAGUCAUUCUAUAAUGGAAAUGGUGAACGAUUUGUUGCAAUUCUCAUCCAUUUUGCAUGUUUUCUUUUCUGGGUGGAUUCUUCUAACCCUUACAUUUUUCUUUUCAUCCCAAGCACCAGACCGUUAUGUUCCAUGACAAGUAACUGGUACUUGUAAUUGUUCAGAAUACACAACGACCUAUCUAGCUAUUUUGUGUUGGAAGGGUGAGGAACAAAAAACCUGCUAAGGCAAACACAUUCUUUUUCUUGAUAUUAUGCAUUGGCAAGCCAGAUCAUGUUCUUGUUCCACCUAGCUAAUUAUGUACCUCCAGAUUGACCUUCUUUCUUUUAGUUGAUUAGAUGUUCUCACCUCUGCAUAAUGCUGCCAUUGUUACGCUGAGCAGAUGUUCACAAUACAAGAUUGGAUUCCUGUACUUGAGAUAUGCUGCAGAUCCUAAGACACUGUGGAACUGGUAUGAACCAUAUAUUGAAGAUGAUGAGGAAUUUUCUCCAGGAUCCAGCGGAAGGAAAACUACCAUGGGUGUUUAUGUUCGCGAUCUGAUCCUUGGACAGUACUACUUUGAUACCCUAUUCCCCCGAGUUCCUGUCCCUGUCAUGCGUCAGGUGGUGUCUAAUCUUGAAAAGAUGAAACUCCCCGCCAAAUCAUCAGGCUCAACAGGGGAUAAUAGCCGCCAUGGCUCGGAGGAAACUGCUCGUCGGCCGCCUUCUGUGAAGGCUGCACUUUCAGUUUCAUUUGGUCAGCGUGCUCCACACCGUGCAUCAACUAGGGACUCGUCACCUGUUCGCCGAACACUACCACCACCUGUUGCAUAUGAGAGAAGUACCAACGAUCAGCGUAGAUCUCCCAGCAGCUGUCACAGCCAGAGCCGUGACAGAGACCUUUCAGAUAGGGACCGGGACAGGGAAAGGGAUAGAGACAGAGACAGAGAUAGGGAGAGAGACAGAAACAGAGAUAGGGAGAGGCGGUACGAUUAUGACCGGAGGUCCAGUUAUGGUGACCGAGAAAGUAGAAGGGAUUAUGAAAGGAGCAGCAGAGAUGAUAGCAGAUAUCACAGGGAUCGCAGCAGCGGUAGUCAUAGAAGUCGGAGUAGGAGUCGGAGUCGCAGCAGGAGCAGAAGUCGAAGCAUGCAGGGAGGAGUCCCCACAACAUUUGAUCGGGAGGAGAACAAGGAGAAGAAGAUAAGUACCUCCACCCAUCUUGCGAAACUAAAGGAUCUGUAUGGCGAUCUGAGUGAUGAGAAAAAAGGUGACGCGGCAACGGAAAGGGGUCCUAUAAGAGAUAAUGACGGCGGCGAAGAGGUGAUUAGACUAGGGGGUUCUAGUUGGAAGUGGAAAUAGUUUGUAGACGGAUGAAUUUGGUGUAUCAUUCGACACUGUCAAGGUGUAUCAUUUGUGAUUUGUUUCACCAGCAAAGCUAACUUUUAUCUUAUCAACUCUUCAAAACCAGAUUCUCGGGCUCUUUGUGAUAGACAUACUUUUCUUGUAAUCCUUGGCGCAGCAUGCUGUCUAAUUUUAAGAACUAAAGUUUCGGCCUCACUUUUAUUCACUCUUUUAGGGCGAUGAGGCUGUUUGAGUUUUGUUUCUAACUAUUACGGAUGGCAAUC